AUGUCUCAAUGUCUUCGGGAGAGGCUAGUCGGUGGAGCGGAGGAGUUUAACGUUAGGGAUCUUAAACGGUCGAAUAUUUUGAAUUUGGGGAAGAGACCAACAACAGCCAAAGGAUUCCAGAGGGAUGUAUUAAACGCUGCCGUUUUGCUACUAGGUAGUAAAUUGGAAAUCCAAAUCGCUGUGACUCAGUCUAGAGUCUCUCUUUGUGAAGGUGUUGCGGACUAUUUCACUUACUGUCUGAACUAUUUGGUGGGAUUCUACUAUAAACCAACAACAAAAUGUUGCAAGCAUAUUAAGAAACUGAACACACUGGCAAAGCACAGAUUUGGGCCAAGAAACAUAUGCUGGUGCAUUGAGUACAUGAUGAAAGGAGCGGGGCCUCCGCUGCUUUCGUCGCGUAUCGAUGAACUUCCGGCGAAAUGUCACACACAUCUCAGUUUCCCCAUCUCAGAAAGCAUGGAUUGCAACAAGGUUAAAUGA